CUCAGUCAGUUACUUCAGCCUCCUCUGAGCAGUAAUCACCUCUACAUCCCUUCAUCAUUUCUUCCAUUUUCUCUACUACUAUGGAUGUGAAAGACAAACCGUGUGAUGAUCUGUUCCUUUUAAUUGAGAAGCAGGAGCAAUUUGCAAAUCAUCUCAUGGAUUUUGCCAAUGAUUUGGAGGAGAUGACUAAAACUAUGACUAAAGGCAAAUGUGUGGGAAACACAGCAACUGUGCUUGGGUCUGCUACCCUAAUUGGAGCAGGCAUUGCUUUUUUUACUGCAGGAGUGGCCAUACCCUUUCUGGCAACUGCAGCAGGUGCUGUGGCUUUGACUGGCACUGCAACCACUGUUACGUGUACGGUUAUUGAAAUAUGGAAAUCCAAUGAAGCAAUGAAAAAUGCAGAAAGAAUCGCUAGUGAAAUUAAAGAGAUUUGGAAAAAAGUGGGUGAGAUUCAAGACCUUAAAAGCAUGUCGUCUGAUGAAUUGGGGAGGAAAAUCACAGAAACAAUCCUGAAAGCCGUGGCCAAAAAAGCAGCAACAAAAGGAGCAAAAUAUGCAGCAAAAACAGCAGCAACAGAAGGAGCAAAGACUGUAAUAUUGGCGACUAAAGAAGGAACGUCUCUUGCACUAAAAACUGUGUUGAAGGGAACAAGCCAGUUUGCAGGUGGAGCCCUUGGCAUAGUGUUCACACUUCCUGAUCUCAUUGACAACUGUCAGAAACUGUAUGAAGGCAAACAUGAGACAGAUGCUAGCUCAUGUUUGAGAGAAAAAGCUAAGCAAAUCCACGAUGCUGUGAAACAAUUAAAGGAGCAGAUGAAGAACAUGGAAGACAUGUACAAUGAAACUUCGGACAGCGAGUGACAUUGAUUUGGCUACAAUCAAUAGCCUUUUUUCAUAAAUCCCCUGGAAGAACUGUUCUGUGGGUUCAUCAUUAACCAUUCACCUUCUUGAACUACUACUUUUCACCUUCUUGAACACCUAAUUUCAUUGAAUAUGCAAUCUACACACCAAUUAAUGCCUAACUUUGAGUGCAUUCUUAGUCAUAAACUAGCCUACUGUAUAAAACACUGAGCAAAUAUAAAUUUAGAUAUCAGUUAACAAAUGUAUAAUCACUAAGCAACAUUAUUUAAUCAUGCAUGCUAUUCAGACUAAUCAUGUUAAAUAAACUGAACAUAAAACUA